CGCAUCUCAUUCAUCUUCGAUCUUCCUUCAUCUUUUAUCUUCUCUGUCCUCGAUUUCGAUCUCCCCUUGCAACCUUCCCUCUCUAAACCGAUCCGCCAUGGAGAUGGAGCGCGUGACUGAGUUUCCACACACGCAUAUGGACCGGCGACCGAGAAAGAGGCCGCGGUUAGGCUGGGACGUCGUUCCUCAAGGCCCUAAGGCUCAGCUUGGUUUGUUUUGUGGACAAGAGGUUGGGAAUGUGACAAGCUUUGCAUCUUCAAGUGCUCCUUCCGACCAUACUAGUUCUCUGUUUGUUAAGGGAGUGGCACGAAAUGGUUCUCCCCCAUGGCGAGAAGAUGACAAAGAUGGACAUUAUAUGUUUGCGCUUGGAGAAAAUUUAACUUCUCGCUGUAACUACCCUUUACCAUCAUCAAAUAAGAACUUUACAUUUACGCUUGUUUUGAUGACUAUAGCACCAUGUAAACAUUAUUACAACAAUUUUAAUGGAUAGUUAUAGAGACACACCACUAUUGUAUUCAUCAUACCUUUUUUAUGAAUGUGGUGUUGUCGACUGUAAUGUUUUUCUUAAUAUACUUUUUCUUAGUUAGAAGCCAUGAGUUGGCUCAGCUAGGAUUCUUUUUCCAGGUUGCAGUAACAUGUAGUGUUGUUGACUUUCUAGGCGAUACUCUUGUGUUUCUCCAAAUUUAAGAAUAGGCGUGUCUUGUAUGUACUGUCAUAUUCUUAAAACGUUAUUGGUGUCUAAUUGUUUUGUUUCUUUUGUGGCAGAUAAAAUACACGGAAAAAUGGGUGAAGGCACAUUUGGUCAGGUCCUGGAAUGCUGGGACAAGGAAAUGAAAGAAAUGGUUGCCAUUAAAAUUGUUCGUGGCAUUAAGAAAUAUCGUGAGGCAGCUAUGAUUGAAGUUGGAGUGCUGCAACAGCUUGGUAACCAUGAUAAAGGUGGCAAUCGUUGUGUGCAAAUACGGAACUGGUUUGACUAUCGUAACCAUAUCUGUAUUGUGUUUGAGAAGCUUGGGCCUAGCUUGUACGAUUUUCUACGGAAAAACAAUUACCGCUCUUUUCCCAUUGAUCUUGUCCGUGAGAUUGGCAGACAACUUUUGGAAUGUGUAUCAUUCAUGCAUGAUUUGAGACUCAUACACACUGAUUUGAAGCCUGAGAACAUACUCCUUGUUUCUCCUGAGUAUGUUAAGGUUCCAGAAUACAAGGGUUCAUCACGCACUCCAAAAGAUAGUUCUUACUUCAAAAGAGUUCCUAAAUCAAGUGCUAUAAAAGUGAUUGAUUUUGGCAGCACAACACAUGAUCGUCAGGAUCUGACUUACAUUGUAUCAACACGACAUUACCGUGCACCGGAGGUUAUUCUAGGACUUGGUUGGAGUUACCCUUGUGAUAUAUGGAGCGUUGGCUGUAUUUUGGUGGAGCUAUGCACGGGAGAAGCAUUGUUCCAAACACAUGAGAACUUGGAGCACCUUGCCAUGAUGGAGAGGGUCCUUGGUCCACUGCCCCCGCACAUGUUGAAAAGAGUAGACCGGCAUGCAGAGAAAUAUAUGAGAAAGGGUAAAUUGGACUGGCCUAAAGGUGCGACCUCGACAGAAAGUAUAAAAGCUGUUCUGAAGCUUCCCCGCCUUCAGAAUCUAAUCAUGCAGCAUGUUGACCAUUCAGCAGGGGAUCUCAUAAAUCUCUUGCAAGGGCUCCUUAGGUAUGAGCCCUCAGAAAGGUUGAUGGCACGUGAGGCCCUCAGACAUCCUUUCUUCAUCGGGGAUCAUCUGAGACGAUCAUGAGAUUAACUAAACACCUAAUAUUUGCCAGGGGAGCUAAGUCAGUGCUGUACUGGGCCUGAAAAGGCAUUGAUUUCACUCUCAUCACCUGGGUUGUGCCUUGAAGUGAGUGUUAUUGUUGCCCUGGCACGGUCCAGAUAAUUUUUUUCCCCCUGGAAGUGGGGAGGUGGGAUUGGCUGUUGUAAAUAUUUGAUUCUGAUAAAAAUAUCAUUUGUAAUUUUUAAUGCUUAUUCCCUUCUUUAGCGGUCCCGCCGUCGAUAUACCAGCUUGGAUUGUCCAAAGAGUGAGCUGACUUUUCUGAUGUCUGUGCAAGGAACAAGCUUCAAUGACAUUUGGAAUUCUGUUUUUUGCCUUAGUUGUUUUCCCCUUAUUUCUAUUCCAGUGGUGGCGUUUAUCUGAAUAGCCACAAGAAAAUCAAGUGAC